AUAAAAAAAUAUUGAUGGAACAGCUUGAAUGGGUUAAUCUCUCUCCCUGUUUCAGGGCGACGCCUCUACUCUGCGAAACCCUAAUACCGAUCUAAGAUUCUCAACUGGCUCUCUUCGAUUCUCGAUCUCCAAGUGGUAUUAUUAUUUUCCGUAAUGAGAAAAGAAAAAACAUUUUUAUAAUGAUUCAGGUCAUGGCUGGGAAGAAAGUUAUAGCUAUAUGUCAGUCAGGUGGUGAAUUUGAAACCAAUAACGAUGGCUCAUUGUCGUAUAGAGGUGGGGAUGCUCAUGCUAUGGAAAUUGACGAGCAUAUGAAGUACAAUGAUUUUAAGAUGGAAGUAGCAGAGAUGUUUAACAGUAAUGUUGGUACUAUGCCUAUCAAAUAUUUCCUCCCAGGCAACAAAAAGACACUUAUCACAAUCUCCAAUGACAAGGACCUCGAACGCAUGAUGAAAUUUCAUGGUGAAUCCAACAGCACUGAUAUAUAUGUCUUGACAGAAGAAGUAGUCGCCCCCGAUGUCUCAAACAUGUCUGCUAGUAGGUCAAGUCGGACUUCGUUGUCAGAAGCAGGGGUUCUAAUUGAUGCUCCUCUGAGUGUUGUGGAUGACACAACCCAACCAGCUGAACUGCUAGAUAAUUCUUUUGUUAUUCUUGAUGAUACUACCUGUGUUGAUGCCCAUAUGGAUAUACCCAUUGAAGUGCAUCCACUUCUUACCUCUGUUGGUUCCAUUGAUGAGAACCAUAGUAAAGUUGCACAGCAAUGGCAGAACAAUAUUACGGGUGUUGGCCAAAGAUUCAAUAGUGUUCAUGAAUUUCGUGAGACCCUACGUAAAUAUGCUAUUGCAAAUCAGUUCGCUUUUAAGUAUAAGAAGAAUGACAGUCAUCGUGUGACUGUCAAAUGCAAAGCUGAAGGUUGUCCAUGGAGAAUUCAUGCAUCAAGGUUAUCGACUACUCAAUUAAUUUGUAUUAAGAAAAUGAAUGCCACACAUACAUGUGAAGGGGCUGCUGUUACAACUGGGUAUCAGGCAACAAGAAGUUGGGUUGCAAGUAUCAUCAAGGAGAAACUAAAAGUUCACCCAAAUUACAAGCCAAAGGAUAUUGUCAAUGACAUUAAACAGGAAUAUGGAAUUCAACUAAACUACUUUCAGGCAUGGCGGGGAAAAGAGAUUGCUAAGGAGCAGCUUCAGGGUUCAUAUAAGGAGGCAUAUAAUCAAUUACCCUUUUUCUGUGAGAAGAUGAUGGAGACAAAUCCUGGUAGUGUAGCUACUUUUGCCACUAACAACGACUCAAGCUUUCAUCGCUUGUUUGUAUCAUUUCAUGCCUCUUUGUAUGGUUUCCAGCAGGGUUGUCGGCCUCUACUUUUCCUUGAUAGCACACCCUUAAAGUCAAAAUAUCAAGGCACAUUGUUGGCGGCAACAGCUGCGGAUGGCGAUGAUGGAGUUUUUCCUGUUGCUUUUGCAGUAGUCGAUGCAGAAACUGACGAUAACUGGUGUUGGUUUUUGCUACAACUGAAAUCUGCAUUGUCAGUGGCUCAGAGCAUAACAUUUGUGGCAGAUAGAGAGAAGGGACUAAGGGAGUCAAUUGCUGACAUAUUUCGUGAUGUGGAUGUUCACCAUGGCUACUGUAUACACUAUCUUUCAGAACAACUUCUCAGAGACGUGAAAGGUCAAUUUUCUCACGAAGUGAAGCGGCUUAUGGUUGAGGAUGUCUAUGCUGCCGCAUAUGCACCUAGAUCUGUAGGUUUCCAGAGUUGUGUCGAAAGCAUUAAAAGUAUUUCACUAGAAGCUUAUAAUUGGGUCAUACAAAGCAAGCCUGAGCACUGGGCAAAUGCGUUCUUCCAGGGUGCGAGAUAUAACCAUAUGACAUCAAACUUUGGAGAGCUGUUCUACAGUUGGGCAUCAGAUGCACAUGAGUUACCAAUAACCCAAAUGGUUGAUGCAAUACGGGGUAAGGUUAUGGAGUUGAUUUAUACAAGACGUGAGGAUUCCAACCAAUGGCUGACGAGGCUAACCCCAUCCAUGGAGGAAAAACUAGAAAAGGAAAGCCUAAAAUCUUGUUCCCUUCAAGUGUCAAUUUUAGCCGGUAACAGGUUUGAGGUCCGUGGUGACUCCAUCGAAGUUGUCGACCUUGAUCAAUGCGAUUGCAGUUGCAAAGGGUGGCAGCUUACUGGUUUGCCAUGCUGCCAUGCCGUUGCUGUCAUCAGUUGGCUUGGUCGUAACCCAUACGAUUAUUGUUCUAGAUACUUCAUGACUGAUAGCUACAGGUUAACAUACUCAGAGUCAAUACAUCCUGUUCCAAAUGUAGAGAGGCCUAUGCAGAAGGAAUCUUCUCAGAGCCUGGUGACUGUAACCCCUCCUCUCACUCGUCGUCCACCAGGACGGCCUUCUACUAAGCGAUUUGGAUCACAAGAAGUGGUCAGACGUCAACUCCAAUGCAGUAGAUGCAAGGGUACCGGGCACAACAAGUCAACUUGCAAAGAGUUUUUGUUAGGGUGCUGAAUUAUGUAAUGUAAGUAUAAAUCUUUUUGUCCAUUUAUAAAUUUUCCCCCAGUUUGUUGAACUUUGUUUAUGUAUAUAUUUCAGGUCUGUGGCAGUAGAAUUUAGUUGCAUGGAAAUUUUGGUCCAUCCUCCUACAUUAUUCUCUGCUGUUUUUGCUGAUUAUUACAUGAAUAUAAAUUCUAUUCUUGACCUUUGUGAAUUUA